CGCAUUUGUCAAACUGCAAUUGCGCACACAAAAGUGGCUUAGUGAUCAAACAGCUGAAAAUUGUGUGCUUAAAAAGAGCCAGCUUCACGGAAACAUAUUCAUUUUAUUUCUCUUUUUGAGAAAAUCCGUGAAUGUCAGCACGACAAUCGGAGAUGGUCCGUACGACGACGGAGCAUUUUCCAUUCAAAGUGCGGCUCCCAAUUUCCUACACAGAUUAUGCAAUGGAACAGUUGACAGAUCCUAGUCUUCUGAUUUCCUAUGCGGUGAUUUUUAUCCCAUUGAUACUGGGCAUGAUUGUCUCAUGGCCGAUUUAUCUGCGGAAAUUCCACAAGAACCUGGUGCAUUAUGGGACAAGUCCAUUCCUUCCGAUGAUCACCUAUGCAUACAGAAGCAUCAAAUACAACUACCCAUUUAUGUUGAUUUUUAGCGUGCUUGCCUAUUCCACGAGAAGUAAUCCAAUAAUUGCACCAACAACUACGAAUAUGGCACUAGCUUUCGCAUUUGCAAAUCAAUGGUUUUCGUCAACCUAUGAGACUCUGAUUGGCUUGUUUUCGAUCUACAAAUUCAUGAACUCCCGCCAGCCAGCAGAACUCCGUGGAUACUUCACUCGGAGAAGCGUUGCAGUUCUACUGUAUGUGAUUCUUCUGUCUGUCAUCGCCAAGGAUUUUGGGUUCAUCAUGUGGGCUGUUAUACUUUUUAUUUCCGAGCCAUUUCCGCUUGAAAUCCUAGGACAAUUAAAUUUCUAUUACUACAUUAGCUACAUCUCAUUUCAAAUGCUUCUUUUCAUUGGAAUGAUGUCUCAAUUUUCAAUGAAAACAGACGCCGGAAAUAGUCAUUCGGAUAAUCAAAUCGCUCGUCAAACGAAAAUCAUCGGAACAAUCAAGAUUAUCCUAUUUGCUUUAUUCCUCUUGGGUACGGUUACAGGAUUCAUGCCAGUAAUUGUUGGAACAAUCUUCGUGAGCAUCGAUUGUUUUUUGGUGCCGAUUGUCAUAAUGCUAACGGAGAUUAUGUACAGCCCAAACCCGAUUCCAGUUGAUGAAGUCAAAAAAGAACCACUGAAAGUAUGAAGAAUUGUGUUUUGAUUUUAAAAUAAACCACUCAUGUUAUUCAA